ACACACACACACACACAUCUGUUCAUGUGAGAUAAAAAUCACGGAAAAAAAUGUUUCGAUGACAUCUCCAUGUAUCUGAGGCCACGCCUUCUGGUCUUCGGAAGCCUUAAUGAUUCAAGUCAUUACAAUAAACCUCGGGUCAUUAAGGACUGACCUGAGGAACACACACACACACACACACACACACACACACACACACACACACACACACACACACAUGUACAAACGAACACACAAUGUCGAGGGGUAUUUAUGGACGUCAAGCCAACAAGCACUUCACAGGCUCUCAAGGUGGUCUCGGGUCAAGAGGUCUCCUGUUCUUGUUUCCCGUAAACAUGAGGACCCCUGUACACCCCUGUAUCAAAUGUUCAUGGUGUAAUAAUUACUUCCCGUUGUCCGCACUCGUAGCUCAUAGGGCGGCCUGCCUUCCAGAGGGCCUUGGGACUGGAUCGAAAGAUAUAUCUACUAGAAACAAUGAAGAGACGUCGUCGACUAGCUCUGAUCGAUCAGAUGUCGGUUUCUCUCAACCAGACCCCAGCGAUAUUGGAAGUUGUUCUCCACGGGCGGGUCUCAGCGACGAGGCCAGUCAAAACCAAAGGACUAUCUCCGAAGAAGGCGGGUCUGGUAGGCUCAGCCAUUGGCCCUCCUCUUCAACGAUCGGUAGUGGACGAAAACGAAAACAAGCGAAUACAGGAACAAACGACACCUGCAGGAAAAAGCAAGCCCGUCGUGAGGGAUUCUCCCAUCCAAACAGUUCUCCACAGCCAGGACCCAGCGGUUAUAACCCGGGACGGCCGACAACAACACCCUCACCAACACCAGGUGAAAUAAGCCAACAUUUCAACGGGGCCUUAACAACGAUCGACGUGCCCGUCCCACCAGCAGACAACGGCGACAUUGCAUCAUAUUUCAACAACAACACUGGCCGUCUUCGCGAGGCAGUAGAGUCUGUAUUCCAAGGCUGCCAGCAGGUUAGACCUCCUUCUUUUAAAGUGUACGUUGACAUGCAUCUGCGCUUAGUCAGAGAAGACCCCGACGGUGGAGUUCAAUAUAGAGAUAUGUAUAUGAGAAGUCAUAUGCAGGUAAUUAGCUAUGGCGAUAUGGAUUCAUAUGUACGUGAACUAUCCGAAUAUUUUGUUAAUCGGUUUGAACAUGACAUGUCGGACGAAGAGGGCAGUGGAUUUACGUUAGAUGAAAUAGUUAGCGUAAAAUUUUCCUUCUCUCUUAUAAUGCUGCACAAUAGUAUUGGAGAGUAUGUGCCCUAUCCUAAGGGUGUUCCAGGGAAAACACAAGUUCUCAACCCUUCGGGACCCACGGACUGUGUUUUCCAAGUUCUAACAGCUUAUCGCUAUCUAAAGUCAAGAAAUGUAGUUCCAUCGGGCAGGCAAUGGGAGAAUGCUUGCUUGGCCUCUAUUAAUACGGGUAACAUUCCAACCCCGGUAUCCUGGGAAGACCUCGGUCGGCUUGAAAGAUUAAACAACAUAAGUAUUCGCGUUUACUGUCUAGACAACGUUGAAGACAAAAAAGGCGAACUAACUCUAGUCAGAAAGGGGCUCAAAGAUCAAGAAGUUGUUCAUUGUCUGUUGUUGGGGAACAGACACCUAGCUCUUAUCCAAGACUUUGACGCAUACAUGAACCUGUUUACCUGCCAACGUCGCGGGAAAAAAUGUUUUGCGAUAUCUGCCUGUGCGCCUGUGAGAACAAGGCAACGCUUGCUGAACAUGUGCUAAUUUGCCCAACGAUGAUCACAAGACUAAGAUUCCCACCCGCGGGUUCUACUGUGAAAUUUAUUAAUCAUGCUAAGGCAUAUGAGCCAUCUUAUUUAGCAUUCUAUGACUUUGAGAGUAUUCUCGUACAGCCUUCUUCGAAUGUGUCUGGAUGUGUAAAGAGACAUCACUUUGCCAUAGCGUAUGCUUACAUUAUAGUGAAUAGAAACGGAGAAACAGUACAAAGCGGAUCCUAUUGUGGAAGUAAUGCUGUAAACCAUUUUAUUCAUACAAUGCAGUGUGCCUGGAAAAAGUUGAAAUUUUCUAAAGGCUACAAUAAAAUCAACAUGACCGAUGAAGAUA